AUGCAAGCAAACGGUAUAAGCAACGAAAGCACAAUCGGUGGAGGCCUUGCUGCCCCAGAGACGAGCAGGCAGGUCUCGCAACAUGGCGGUGCAGAUCGGCAAAUCAGCGGUGAACAGGAGCAGCAGCAGCCGCAGAGGAGGCGGCUAGUCCAGGGCCGACCAUCACAUGCACGCGUCGUUAGCGACACCAACAGCGAGCUGUCAUCGGCAGACGAUAUCGAAAACGACGAUGACAAAGACGCGUUUGACGGUGAUUUUGGGGCUUACGGCAACACAGGGGCAAAUGCCAACCGGCCGCAGGUGGCAAUGAAGGCCCCGCGCACAAACCCGGCGGCAGUGGCUGUUCCUCGGCAGAGUCUGGAGGCACCCGCCAAGCGGCCAAACUAUGCGGAAGACUCUUCUACCUCGGAAAUGUCAGUAGUGUCUGAUGACGCCGAUUUCUCCAUGUCCGAGCUGGAGGAAGUCGACAAUGAAGAGCCCGACAACUCGUCCGAUUCUGCAGCGCAAGAGGAGGACUCGAGCGAUGGCAACUGGGGCUCGAAGCCACGCAAGCGCAAAUCGAAAAAGGUCAUGCCCGCAAAAACCACUAAGCGCGCCAAGGGCGGGCUUGUCAAGGGAUCCAGAGCUCGCGGGGCGAACGCCAGGGCGGCUCAAAGCGCGACCCCAAAAUCCACGAUUAAGCAGCGCGAGGCUGAGUACUCAGACAGCGGCGACUCAGACUUUUACGUUAGCAGCAAGAAGGCCAAGCGGGGCGGUCGUAACCAGCCGAAGAAGCCCAAGGCGGUGCCAGCAUAUAUGGGCGGCAGCGACUCGGACUACGGGUCUUCGGAUUAUCGCUCCGUGCGCCAGUCGUCGCGCGGCAACGGCGUUAAAAACUACGCCGAGGACGAGGCCGAGUACCCAGGAGUUGACUUUGAGGACGAGGUGGGCCCGUCAGAGCACACGUCAAAGACAAAGUCCAAGGGCAAGGACACGCUGGCGCUGCUGGACGAGGACGGCGGCGAGGACAUCAUCGAGCAGGUACGGGACUUUAGGAUCAGCGAAACGGCCGAGAGCAAGCGACUCGACGUCAUAGGCAACCUCGAAUUCUUCAUCAAGUGGAAGGGGUGGUCAUAUCGGCACGCCACCUGGGACUCGGCAGCAUUCCUCAAGGAUUACAAGGGCUACAAGAAGGUUGAAAACUACUUUAAAAACACGGUCUUGUUGGACAGCGCCAUUCGCAACGACCCCGAUGCCACGCGCGAGGACAUUGAGCAGUUGGACAUCAACCGCGAGAUGGAGCGGGACACGCUGCGCGACUACACCAAGAUUGAGCGAAUUGUGGCGACACGACCCCUCACUUCGGCAAGACGCGCACGCGACGGCGAGGGCGCUGCAGCCGCACCGGCAUCCAAGAACGCGCUGCAGGCUGACGACAGCGUCGAAUACCUGGUGAAAUGGAAGCGGCUCCCGUACAGCGCGUGCUCGUGGAUCACUGCCGACGAGAUUGGCGACGAGUCGCAGGCCGAGCUUGACUCGUUCCUGGAUCGUGAGCAGUCAUUGUGCCUGCCCUUCCGCAACGCGCCGAUAAGCAGAGCCAAGCGGCCAAAAUUCCAGCGGCUGACGAAGCAGCCCGAUUACCUGACAGGCGGUCAGCUGCGUGACUACCAACUUACGAGCCUGAACUGGAUGGCGCAUCUGUGGUGCAACGACGAAAAUGGGAUUCUUGCCGAUGAGAUGGGCCUUGGAAAGACAAUCCAGACGAUUUCGUUCCUGUCGUAUUUGUUCCACACGCAGGAUAUAUACGGCCCGUUCUUAGUCGUGGUUCCGCUGUCCACUAUCAGCGCCUGGCAGCGCGAGUUUGUCCGCUGGGCGCCUGACAUGAACGUGCUGUGCUACAUCGACGACAACCGCAGCCGAGCGAUCAUGCGCGAGUACGAGUUUUACAAGGGCAGCGGGAAUCCCUCGCGGGUCAAGCUCAACGUGCUGCUGACCACGUACGAGCUGGUGCUCAAGGACCGCGAUGUGCUGGGCGGCAUCAAAUGGAGCUUUUUGGCUGUUGAUGAGGCCCAUCGUUUGAAGAACAGCGAGUCGCAGUUGCACGACGCGUUGACAUCGUUCCACACUACGAACCGUCUGCUUGUGACUGGCACACCAUUGCAAAACACGGUCAAGGAGCUGGUGACUCUGUGUCGUUUCCUUAACCCCGAGCGCUUCGACGACCUCGACGGCGACUUUGACAUCCGCGUUAACGCCGGCGACGCCGAGCAGGAGGGCAAGAUUGCCGACCUGCACCGCCGCCUCAAGCCGUACAUGCUGCGCCGCCUCAAAAAGGACGUCGAAAAGUCGCUGCCUAACCGCACUGAGCGUAUCCUGCGCGUCGAGCUUUCGGGAAUGCAGGUGCACUUUUACAAGAACAUCCUGACGCGCAACUACGCCGUGCUCAACCGCAACGCGACAGGGUCUGGGCAGAUGUCACUGCUUAACAUCAUGGUCGAGCUCAAGAAGGCGAGUAACCAUCCAUAUCUGUUCCCAAACGCCGAGACACCGGCAGACGCCAAGGAUGAAGUUUUACGCGGCCUGGUUAACCACAGCGGAAAGAUGAUGCUACUUGACAAGCUGCUUGCCAAGCUCAAGAACGGCGGCCACCGCGUGCUCAUCUUUUCGCAAAUGGUACGGAUGCUGGAUAUCUUGGCCGACUAUAUGGCCUUGCGCGGCUACGCAUACCAGCGGCUGGAUGGGUCGGUGCCCUCCGAAGUGCGCAAACGCUCCAUCGAGCACUACAACGCGCCAGGCUCGCCCGACUUUGUAUUCUUGCUGAGUACGCGUGCCGGUGGCCUGGGAAUCAACCUGGAGACAGCCGACACGGUUAUCUUAUACGACUCGGACUUUAACCCGCAGGCAGACAUGCAGGCGAUGGCGCGCGCGCACCGUAUCGGCCAGAAAAAGCAGGUGGCUGUGUAUCGCUUUGUGUCCAAGAACACAAUUGAGGAGGACAUCCUCGAGCGCGCCAAGCGCAAGAUGGUGCUCGAGUACUGCAUCAUCAAGGGCAUGGACACGUCUGGCCUGCACAUAUCCGACAACGAGCGCAAGCAGAUUGAGCGCACCAAGCAGGGCAAAGGCGGCGGUGUUUCUGGCGGCAGCUCUGGGGGGUCGACGUUUUCGCGUGACGAGCUAGCGGCCAUUCUCAAGUUUGGCGCUAGCAGCAUGUUUGCCGACGACAGCGUGACGAUGCAGCAGCACAAGCUCGACGACAUGGACCUUGACAAGAUGCUCGAGGACGCCGAGCAGGCUGAGACAUCGGAGGCCGGCGUGGCUGACGACUUCCUCAGCCAGUUCAAAGUUGCCGAUUAUGGCGGCUCUGGCAUGUCGUGGGACGACAUUAUCCCCGAGGAUGAGCGCCAGCAAAUAGAGCUCGAGGAACAGCAAAAGCAGGAGGAGCUUCUCUAUCGCCGUCGGCGUGCUCGCGUGUCAUAUGCCGAAGAUAACUCACUUACAGGCAACAAGGCUGGCAGUGGGAGCACUGGGAGUGGGCGUGGCGGUGGUGGCGGCGACGAAGACGACGGUGACCACUCAUCUGACGGGUCGACUGCGAGUAGCCUGCAGGCGCGGCGCAAGGGCACGGGUGGCAUGUCGCGCAGACGCGCCGAGGGCCGCUCCAACGACCCCAAGGCGCUGGCUGAAAAGGAGGUACGUGCGCUGAUUCGUGGCGUGCAAAAGUUUGGCAGCCCCGAGCACCGCUUCUCGCAGGUCGUGGCCGAGGCCGAGCUCGAGGGCAAGAACCCUGAGGCAGUCAAGGCCAUGGGACUGGAGCUGAUCAAGUGUUGCGAGGACGCGCUGCGCAGCCAUUUGCAACCUAAUGCUGGCAACAGCGCUGUUGGCGAGGCUGAAUCGACGGUCGGGGCUGGCGCCGGGGCCGACGACGAGGACUUGGUCAGUGGCUUCAAGCGCAAUGCCAAGGCCAUUCUGGUGACGUUCCAUGGCGUGCAAAGCGUCAAUGCCGGCGUGGUUAUGCAGAGGGUCACUGAUUUGGCCGUGCUCAGCCGCCGCAUGGAUGAGCCGGCUCUGCGCGAGGACCCGACCAAGUUCCGUAUUGGUGUCCCCUUAAAGCCUGUGCACCACUGGUCGUGUUUGUGGGGCCAGCGCGAGGAUGCCAUGCUGCUUGUGGGCAUCUACCGCCAUGGCUUCGGAAACUGGGACAAGAUCCAGACCGAUAUGGAUCUGGGGCUGCAGAAGAAGCUGUUCUUGACACCCGCUGACGAGAAAGCGGCCAGCGUGCAGGCGAUUGGCGGAGGCACAGUUGGCACUGGCACUGGUUCUGCUGCUGGCGGCGGCGCUGGCGGUGCCGGUGGCUCGGGCGGAAAGCGCAUUGUUGCUCCCAAGGCCACGCAUCUGGUGCGUCGUGGUGAGUACCUGCUCAAGGUAUUGCGCGAUGGCGAGGAGAACAAAAACAGGCCGAUGUCCACCACGCUGACUCCGUCUGGAACCCCGCUUCGCUCUGCAGGCAGCCGCAAGCGGCGUGUGCGCAGUGGAGAGGAGUCCGAUACCAACAGUGCCAGUCUCGGCUACGACAAUGAGCGCGGGUUCGGGGCUGCUGGGCGUGUGCCGGGUGACGUUGAGGAUGGUGAGCUGUCGGAGCCUGAGUCGAUGGACGAGCGCACAUGCAAGGACAUGAUGCGGCCAGUCAAGCGAUACCUGCAGCGGCUGCGUGACGAGGCCGAGCACACAAAGUCGGCCAACAGCAAGGUCAAGCUGAUCAGCGAGUGCCUGCUGCCCAUCGGCCGCCACAUCCGGUCGGUCAUAGAGCGCAAGCAACCUCGUGGACCUGGAUCUAGCGAUGGCAGCGAAGAUACGGACAAGCUUUACCGCCACCUGUGGGUGUUUGUCACCUAUUUCUGGCGCAGCCCCGUGGAGUACACCAAGCUGGUGCGGCUGUUUGAGCGGCUGGAGGAGAACAAUCAGUCAUCGCCACAGGUCAACAAUGCCCCUACUAGCGUCGCCCCCGUGGGCUCAUCCCCUAGGAUGCACUUCGAUUCUGCGCCUCCGGGCGGCAGCCCCGUCGCACGCCAUCACUCGCGUGGGCGGAGCCAUAGCGCCGGGCGGAGCGCGAGCCGCAGUCGUAGCCGCAGCAGGAGCCGUGAUGGGGACAGGCACCGCCAGCGGUUGUCCAGCAAGGUCGAGGCUCCCGACGGUCUGCCAGCGGCAACGUCGGCGCUAACAGUAUCGUCAGCAAUUGGGAACGGCGGCGCGAUGUACCAGGAUGUGUCAUCCGGCUCAAGCCGGCAUCGUAGCAAUGGCUCGACGGCCACUGGCGACCACCACCACCACCAUCAUAGCAGCGGCAGCGCACACCGGACGCAGAAAUCGUCUUCGGGAACCAGCAAUGGCAACAUCAUUGGUACCAACAAUGGGCGCAGCCAGUCAAAGUCCAAUAAUAGUGGUGGCGUGAAGGUCAAUGUCAAGACCGAGACCAAGGCCAGUACCAACCCUGGUGACGAUCUGAACGGGAACAACUUCGUUGGAGAUAACAGCGUAGCCGGGAACCAGUUUGCGGUUGGGGACGGCAGCGACGAUGGUGGCAACGAUAGCAAAGACGGCGAGCCACAAAUAACACACCCCUUUUCACGCAGUAACUAG